CCUGUCCCCGUGUCUGUGCCUACGCAGGGCUGAUGAUUUCAGGCUUUGCCCAGGCUGGGGCAGCCCUGGCUGAGCAGGAGUACGUGAGCCGGGCUGCCCAGGCAGCCGCCUUCCUGCGGAGACACCUUUUUGACCCCAGCAGUGGGAGGUUGCUGCGGAGCUGCUACCGGGGCCAGGACGACACGGUGGAGCAGAGCACUGUGCCCAUCCAGGGCUUCCUGGAGGAUUACGUCUUCAUCAUCCAGGCCCUCUUUGACCUGUAUGAAGCCUCGCUGGAGCAGGGCUGGCUGGAGUGGGCCCUGCAGCUCCAGCACACACAGGACAAGCUCUUCUGGGACCCCGAAGGCUUUGCCUAUUUCUCCAGUGAGGCUGGUGACCCCUCUCUGCUCCUGCGCCUGAAGGAUGAUCAAGAUGGAGCAGAGCCCAGCGCCAACUCCGUCACUGUCACAAACCUGCUCCGAGCAGCUUGUUACUCUGGCCACACGGAGUGGGUGGAAAAAGCUGGGCAGAUCCUGGCUGCCUACUCAGAGAGGCUGCGGAAGAUCCCGAUAGCGCUGCCGGAGAUGGCCCGGGCCACCGGUGUCUUCCAUCAGACCCUCAAGCAGGUUGUUGUUUGUGGAGACCCCCAAGGAGAAGACACGAAGGAGAUGCUGCGCUGUGUCCACUCCGUCUUCAGCCCAACCAAGGUGCUGAUGUUGGCAGAUGGAGACAGCGCUGGGUUCCUCCACCGCCAGUUGCCUUUCCUUGCGUCCCUGGAGAGGAAGGAUGGGAAAGCCACUGCCUAUGUCUGCAGCAACUUCUCCUGCUCCCUGCCUGUCACCUCGCCCCAGGAGCUGCAAGGGAUGCUCUGCCCGUGA